AUGGCCUCUAAAGCAGCAACCCACUACCUUCAGUUCGACAUACAAUGGUCAAGCCUUGGUACUCACUUCCGCACCCAUCUACGGAAGAUCGGCGACGCUAACCCCUUCUCAGCGCUCCUGUUCUAUGACUACGCGUUGACGUUCCCCUCGGAAGUCAAGUACAUCUGGGGGUCGAAAAUGCGGCUGUCAACCUUUCUGUACAUCUUUUGUCGAUAUGCGUUGGUUGCCAACGUCCUUUACCUCUUAGCCAUUGCCAAUCAACUCAAGCAAGGGGCCUCCGAUGUGUGGGGUCGUCAAGCAAUCCCUUUUCUUGAUGUUCGUUCCUCCAAAAGAGCGAAUCUCUUACUCUCAAUUCUCAUGGUCAUCUUCGAAUACUCCUCCGCGAUUCUCACCAUCACUCGCAGCCUCAUGGCCUUCCGAGUCGGCGGGCGGAAGCAGCACGCAAAAGGACUUAUGAACCUUAUCUUCGAACAAGGUGUCCUGUAUUUCAGGCUAUCGGGUCUACUCACCGCCCGCUUCUUACUGCAUAUCCGAGCAUACGAACACGCACGUUCCCUCGCUACGCAGACCCAAACCGGCGCCUCCCGCCAUCAUGCCACAGGCACGCUAGCGAGCUUCCGCGCCGCGGCGGGAGGCGCCAUGUCGAGCAUGGUUGAUCAGUUCGGUGACGAUCCCGUCGAGGCGGCGCAGCGCCAGGCACAGGCUGAAGCCUCUGGUGUGACGACGAUGGCCGCAGGUAGCAAUAGCACAGAUGGGCCAAGUGAGAUCUCGCUCGUUCGGCGGAAAUCUGGAAGCAUACAAGAUCACUCCGCCUCUACUUCUGCUGUAUGA